AUGAAUUCCAUUCAAGAAUUGAUUAAAUUAAAAUUUACGUCCUUGUCGUUCGAAAAAAAAAUUGAAAUAAAAUCGCUUGGAAGACCAUUACCUACUUCGUUUAAUUUAACCCAGGAAUCAAAAAAAGGAAAUAAAAAUUAUCAACGUCGUUUUAAUACGGAACUAUUCCAAAAAUAUAAAUGGCUAUGUGGGUGUGAAACAACCGACAAAUUAUUUUGUUUUCCCUGUGUUUGUUUUGAUGGUGAUUUGUCAUGGAGCAAGACGGGUGUAGUAGAUUUAAUACAUCUGUUAUCUAAAAUAAGCAAACACGAAAAUUCAUUUAAACGUCUCCAAAAUGAAGCAAAUUUAAAAAUUUUGGGCACGGUUAAUAUUCGAAACCAAAUCGAUGCCGGUUAUAAAUUGGGAAUAAAACGACAUAAUGAACAGGUUUCUAAAAAUCGUGAUAUUUUAGAAAAAAUUUUAAACUGUGUUAAGUUUUGUGGAAAUUAUGAACUUCCUUUGCGUGGGCACGAUGAAAAAGUUACAUCAAAAAAUCAAGGUGUUUUUCGUGGUUUAAUUGACCUUUGUUCAAACUUGGAUCCAAAUUUAAGAGAUCAUUUUCAAAAUUCGGUGGUUUUUAAAGGAACAUCCAAAAUAAUCCAAAAUGAGUUACUAGAUUGUAUUUUAACUGUUGCUAGAAAUCAAAUUUUAAUGGAAAUAAAUAAUUCAGAUUUUGUUGCUAUAAUUGUUGAUGAAACUACUGACGUUGCCAACACAUUUCAAUUAACACUAAUUUUUCGUUAUGAAAUUAAUGGUAAACCUGUUGAACGUUUUUGGGGCUAUUCAAAUCCAGAAGGUUAUAAUGCUGAGUCAUUAACUCAAACUAUUUUAAAACAAAUUAAUCCAAUUCUAGAAAAAAACCCCUCAAAAUUAAUCGCACAAUCAUACGAUGGCGCUGCAGUAAUGAGUUGUCAAAAUUCAGGAGUUAACGUGAGAGUAAGAGAAACAUAUCCUUUUGCGAAUUUUAUUCAUUGCUACGCACACCAAUUAAAUUUAAUAAUGACCCAAGCUACAUCGCAAAAUAAACAAAUUAAAAUAUUUUUUUCUAAUUUAUCUGAGAUUCCAGUAUUUUUUUCUAAUUAUCCACAAAGAGUAGCUGUGUUAGAUGACAUAGUGGGUAGUCGAUUGCCUAGAGCAGUUCAAACGCGUUGGAAUUUCAAUAUAAGAACGGUCAAUACAGUUGAUGAACAUAGAGAGUCAUUAAUUGAAUGUAUGGAAAAAAUUAUAAAUAUUUCCUUACAAAAUAGCACCAUUAAUCAAGCUACAGGUCUCAAGAGACUUUUAACAGAUGCAACUUUUAUUUUUUGGCUAACAAUUUUUCAUAAAAUAAUGCCUCAUGUUGACUGCCUUUAUAACGUUGUUCAAGCAAAAAAUACUUAUGCAGUAUAA